GGCGGCCAAGCUUUACUAUGGAACAAAGAAGUCAAGCGAACACGGUUGGAUUGGACGACACAUACGAAGUACAGUGUAUUAUGCAGCGAACAUUUCGAAAGAUCAUGUUUCGAAGAGGGUCCCUUGCGAAUGGCAGAAAUGGGAAUCAGCACUCGUCGACUCGUGCUGAAGAAAGGUGCGAAGCCAACUAUUUUCGAUAGACCACGGACAAGUCCGGAGCACCCGACCCCCUCCACAAGCGGACAGACUGGGCACAUGAGGUCUGCAUUUGCCAAAAGGGAAAGGAAGAGGACAAUAGAUCAGAUCAUGGACAGUACGACUACGGCAUCAGUGGCGGAUGCGGUGGAUGAACCAAUGGCAAUGGCACUAGAUUUGCCUGAUGAGGAGGGCGAUCAAGAUCAGGGAAAUACAAGAGAACAAGGAUGCCAGACGGACUGGGUACCGAUUGGGACAGCACCAACAGCAAUGACCAGUAGCAAGAGCACCCAAACAGGGAAAAUACAUCAUAGAUCAAAGGGACACCAGGUGACCCCAGAUAUCCUCGAGAGGGUUAGAGCUCGGCCGGCCAGGGUUAGUGAAGUCCCAUUGUCAAGUGUAGCAGCUCCAUCUGACAGCCCCGAGAUGCAGACUAACAUAGCAGCUCCAGGUGUGUCUGGAAUGCAAGCCAAGCUACGACCACCUCCUGCAUUGUUUGAUGAAGGACCAGCAUCAAGUCCCACUGCGCCUUUUGUUGGUGGUUCUUCCGAUGACAGCUAUGUGCCGAGUGAGUCAACGACAUCGGAUCCGUGUCAAUCUGACGGGUCGCCAGAUCGCCCAUGUACUCACCAGAUGCAUGAAGAGGGCUGCCACAAGGAACCGAAGUACAUCAUCUUUGAGUCGUGCCUCCAGAGUCUCGUCAAGUGGUGUCACUGUCCAGUCUGUGGCAGCCAGGACAUAAGCCCUUCUUGGGAUUCGAACGGUACACAGCUGACCAUGACUCUUCAAUGUGCAUCAUGUGACCAGAGGAGUAGUUGGAGCAGCCAGCCAAACAUUGGCCCUUAUGCCGCGGGCAACAUCCUGCUGUCUGCUGGCAUCCUCUUCGCUGGGGCAUCUUCUGGCAAGGUGUUGCAAGUGCUGAACAGCAUCGGAGUGGUCACGUAUGUGAAGAGGACAUUUUUCAACCACCAGGAGCUCAUCCUGCAGCCAGCCAUCAAAAAGGUGUGGGAGGAACAGCAACGGACGCACCUCACCAUGCUGCAGGUGGAAGGCCGACCCCUCGUCCUUGGUGGUGAUGGGCGAGCAGACAGUCCGGGACACAGCGCCAAGUUCGGUACCUACACCACAAUGGAGCUUGUGGCCAAUGUGGUUCUCGACCUUCAGGUUGUACAGAGCAACGAAUGUCUUGGCAGCUACCAUAUGGAGAUGGAAGGACUGAAGAGGAUGGUGGAACUGCUGAUCAGCUGGGACCUGGAUGUCGGGGUGCUGGUGACAGACAGACACAGACAGAUCGCUAAAUGGAUUCGUGAAAACAUGCCCAAUACACGGCACUGCUAUGACAUCUGGCAUGUUGCAAAAUCCAUCGGAAAGAAACUGAAGGCCAUCGCCAAGCAUAAGGACUGUGAAGACCUGAAGCCCUGGGUGCAAAGUAUAAUCAACCACCUCUACUGGGCAGCAGUGUCUACACCGCCUGGAGAGGGGGAACUUCUGGUUGCCAAGUGGAAGUCUGUGGAGCGACACAUUCAGAACAUCCACAAGGACCAUGGCGACCUCUUCCCAAUUUGUACUCAUGGACAACUGCAACGGCAAAAGAAAUGGCUCAAACAAAGUUCACGCUCAGCAGUGAAACUGGAGGAGGUGGUCAACAACAAGUCCCUGCUAAAAGAUAUCGCCAUGCUGUCGGGUGAACACCAGACUUCCAAGGUGGAGGCGUUCCAUAGCCUUAUCAUACAGUUCGCACCGAAAAUGUAUGUCUUCUCAUACAUCGGAAUGCUGUGCAGGAACCUGCUUGCUGGGCUGCACUGGAACGAAAAUUCGAGCCGCCCUAUAGCCACUACACAAGCGGGUGCUGAGCGCUAUGCAGUACGCUACCCGAAGUAUAAAGCAGGGGGCCAUGUGGUCAAGAAAAUCGCGACAGAGCCAACAUACCGCUACGUAGAUGACUUGAUCAGGGAGGUUGUUGCUGGCUGCAGACAGACCCCUGACGAGAGAACACCACUCAGCGUCACUGUGGAUGUGCCUCCCUUCCUCUGCGAUGAACUGGAGAAGCCAGACAAGGAGGAAGCCAUCGCCAAGCACAGGAGUCGCUUCGGUAAGUGUGAAAUGCCCUCCCGGUAACAGUUAGAGAUGCUACCUCAGUAGAAGCAUUUAAGUCCCAUCUUAAAACUCAUUUGUAUACUCUAGCCUUUAAAUAGACCCCCUUUUUAGACCAGUUGAUCUGCCGUUUCUUUUCUUUUCUCCUCUGCCCCCCCCCCCACGUGGAGGGGUUAUUCCGGUGACCAUGGAUAAAGUGCUGGCUGUCCAGAGUUGGGACCCGGGGUAUACCGCUCGCCUGUGCAUCGGUUGGGGACAUCUGCGCUGCUGACCCGUCUCCGCUCGGGGUGGCCUCCUGCUGGCUCCACUGGACCCUCACUAAUAUGUUAGACCCACUCGACAUCCAUUGCUUUCGGUCUCCCCUAGAGGGGGGGGGUUACCCACAUAUGCGGUCCUCUCCAAGGUUUCUCAUAGUCAUUCACAUCGACGUCCUACUGGGGUGAGUUUUCCUUGCCCGUGUGUGGGCUCUGUACCGAGGAUGUCGUUGUGGCUUGUACAGCCCUUUGAGACAUUUGUGAUUUAGUGCUAUAUAAAUAAACAUUGAUUGAUUGACUGAU